ACUAUAAAAGCAUUGCAAUAGUCCUUUGCUGCAGUUAAUUCUAAAUUCUAAUCCCGAGACAGUAGAAACUAAAAAUGUUCGGAUACCUUAAGCUCAUGUACCCAGCUCCCAUAUCGGAACCCAUCAGUUCCAGGGACUCCAAUGCCUAUCUGCUGGAAACGCUCCGGUUCUCGGGCCUGAACGUACGGAACGACUUCGGCGUUGGUCGCAAGAUCUGGAGGAUCCUCUCCUUCACCUACAACUUGCUGAUACUGCCCGUGAGUUUCCCGGUCAACUACACGAUCCACCUGGCGCAGUUCCCGCCGGACCUGCUGCUGCAAUCGCUUCAGCUGUGCCUCAACACCUGGUGCUUCUCCCUGAAGUUCUUCACGCUGGUCAUCUACAUGCCCCGACUGGAGCUGGCCAACAAACACUUCGACCAGAUGGACGAGUUCUGCGUGAGGUCGGAGGAGAAGCGCAAGGUGCGUGACAUGGUGGCCGCCAUCACCAGGUUGUACCUGAUCUUCGUCGUGGUCUACGUGCUGUACGCCACCUCCACGCUGCUGGACGGACUUCUCCAUGAGCGCGUGCCCUUCAACACCUACUAUCCGUUGGUAAACUGGCGCGUGGAUCGGACCCAGCUGUAUGUCCAGAGCUUUCUGGAGUACUUCACCAUCGGCUACGCAAUAGUCGUAGCCACAGCCACCGACUCCUACCCGGUGAUCUAUGUGGCAGCCCUGCGCACCCACAUCCUGCUGCUCAAGGAUCGCAUCGUCCACCUGGGCGAGGCGAACAGCGAGUCUGGCAGCGACCCGGACUCCAUGUUUAGUGGUCUAGUGGACUGCAUCAAGGCUCACAGGACCAUGCUGAAUUUCUGCGAGGCCAUUCAGCCGAUUAUCUCUGGCACGAUUUUUGCCCAGUUCAUCAUAUGCGGAUCUAUUCUGGGAGUCAUCAUGAUCAACCUGGUGUUGUUCGCAGAUCAGUCCACUCGGUUUGGCAUCAUCAUUUACGUGAUGGCAGUGCUUCUACAGACGUUUCCGCUCUGCUUUUACUGCAACGCCAUCGUGGACGACUGCAACGAGCUGGCGGAUGCACUGUUCCACUCCGCGUGGUGGAUGCAGGACCGGCGGUACCAGCGGACCGUCCUCCAGUUUCUGCAGAAGCUCCAGCAGCCGAUGACGUUCACGGCGAUGAAUAUAUUCAACAUUAAUCUGGCCACCAACAUCAACGUGGCCAAGUUCGCUUUCACCGUCUACGCCAUCGCCAGCGGAAUGAACCUGGACGAGAAAUUGCAGAUUCAAGAAUAAUAAUAACCGCACCAAAUGUUGUCGU